AUGGUUAAGAUCCAUAGUUCUUACCCUGUGAUCCCUUCAGAAUCCACACCAACACCAAAUCUAUCUCUAUCACAGUGCGAUCAAAUCAAGCUUCCCACUCACGGAUCUCAACUUUAUGUUUACACCAACAACAACACCUGCAACAUCAGUGAUGAUUCACCUCUCAGAACAAUCAGAACCUCUCUCAGCAAAGCACUGACUCACUACUACCCCAUGGCUGGUCGUUUGUGCUGGAUCCAAGGUGGUCGCUUGCAACUCCUUUGCAACACUAAAGGGGCACUUUUCUUUGAAGCCACUUGUGAUGAUGAGGUCAGUUUAAAUGAUUCUGGUGAUUUUGUUCCCACCCAUGUUGUUGAACAACUUGUGCCAAAGGUUGACUAUGGUGUCCCAAUUGAGGACAUACCCUUGUUGUUGGUUCAGUUGACUAUGUUCCCAUGUGGUGGAUUCACUCUAGGACUUGCCUUAUGUCGUGCUGUGCUUGAUGGAGCUUCUGUUGGGAGUUUCAUCAACUCAUGGGCCAAACUAGCCAGAAAAGAGAGUUUAGAUUCCAGCUUAAUCCCAUUGCUUGAUAGAACUCUGUUAGAUUCAAGAAAACUUAAUAUGUCUCCACGUUUUGAACAUCAUGAGUUUUUCCCACCACCCCUUUGGGCAGGUAUGUUAAAAAACACCAAGAUGAGACUUUAUCCUACUACUACCACUGCCAUGUUGAAACUCACCAAAGGCCAAGUUGAGAAACUGAAGAAAGCAUGUGACUUUACUCAAGUGAAACCUUAUACUAGUUUUGAGGUCAUUAGUGGUCACUUGUGGAGAUGUGUUUGUAAAGUUAGGUAUGAAGGGAAUUGGGACCAGCCAACAAGGUUAACCACAUUGGUCAAUUGUAGAAACAGAUUGAACCCACCUCUCCCUCAUGCUUAUUUUGGGAAUGCAACAUUUCCUACCGUGACACCAACUUGUUCAUUUGAUGACAUUGUGCACAAGCCUCUGAGUUAUGUAGUUGGGAAAGUGAGGGUAGCAAUUGAGAGGAUGAGUGAUGAGUAUGUGAGGUCUUCUCUUGACUAUAUGGCAAAUCAGAAGGACUUGAAUUUGUUUAGGGACAUAUUUUACAACUCUGCAGGAAGUGUGGGAGGACAAUUCAGUGGUGACCCGAAUCUUUAUGUUGUUGGUUGGACGAAUUUUCCAUUUUAUUCAACUGAUUUUGGGUUGGGAAAACCUGCUUAUAUGGUUCCGGGGAACAUAAAUUCUGAGGGUAAGGCUUUCCUUUUGAACAAUGGAAAUGGUGAUGGUUUCAUUGUAGCUGUAUGUUUGCAACCAUCCCAUAUAGAUGCUCUGAAGAAGUUGUUUUAUGAGGGUAUGGAACCUAGUUCCAAAUUGUGAUGUCAGUCAAAUGAGUUAACCUUGAAUUUUGUUGAUUUUAUUUAGAUAUCCAUUAGUGUCCCA